GCGGCCGUUCUGCGAACGCUGCCCGGGGGAGGCGAGAGUUCACCGGCCGGCUGGCAAGGAUGAAAGCGGGCGUUACCCACUGCCGAUGUUCCCGGUGCUUCUCGGUGCCUUCCAAGAGAAGGGUGAAGAAGAGACCCCGUAUCCUGACCCUACUGUCCCUUCCAGAAGAUAUUCUCUUCCAUGUUCUCAAAGGUCUUCCAAUAGAAGACAUCCUUUCCCUCCGAGCUGUGCAUUCUCAUCUUAAGUAUCUUAUAGAUAACCACACCUGCAUUUGGGCCUGUGCAAGCUUUCAGGAAGAGUGGCCGUCUCCGAGAAACUUGAAAAUCUUUGAAAGGGCUGCAGAAAAGGGUAACUUUGAAGCUGCUGUUAAACUUGGAAUAGCCUACCUCUACAAUGAAGGCCCAUCCGUUUCCGAUGAAGGCCGUGCGGAAGUGAAUGGGCUCAAGGCAUCCCACUUUUUCAGCCUGGCCGAGUGCUUGAACGUCUCCACCGUGCCUUUUGUCUGGCUGUUCAUACGGCCCCCCUGGUCUCUGGGUGGGAGCUGUUGCAAAGCCGUGGUCUACGAGAGCCUCCGAAGAGAGUGUCAGCAGCGAAAAACUCGAGGAUCGAUUUUGUACUGUUUGGCAAAAGUUUUGAGUCUUUUUGAGGAUGAAGAGAAGAGGAAAGAAGCCCUGGAGAUGUUUGAUGACUCCUCAAAGCAAGGCUGCUUGCACAGCUCUUACCUCUUGUGGGAAAAUAAUAAAAAAAACGCGAUGUCAGAUCCUGGUCGAUACCUUCAGAGCCUCAGACAACUCAGGGACUACGCAGCCAAAGGGUCUUGGGAAGCUCAGAUCACUCUUGCCAAAGCUUGCGGGAACAGAAACCAACUAGGGCUGGAAAGCAAGAUGUCGGUCGAGGCGGUCUCCCAGUUUUUCCAGGCCUCGGUUCCUCUGAGCAAGCAGAGCAUUUUCACUGUCCAGAAGGGUAUGAAUGAGACAAUGAGAUACAUUUUGGUUGAUUGGCUGGUAGAAGUGGCCACCAUGAAAGAUUUCUCCAGCCUCUGCCUUCACAUGACCAUUGGCUGCGUGGAUCGGUACUUGAAACUGAGACCCGUGCCCCGGGCUCGGCUGCAGCUUUUAGGAAUUGCAUGCAUGGUUAUUUGUACCCGCUUCGUGAGCAAAGAGAUUCUGACGAUUCGCGAAGCGGUUUGGUUAACAGACAACACGUACAAGUACGAAGACCUCGUGAGGAUGAUGGGGGAAGUCAUCUCUGCCCUGGAAGGCAGGAUAAAGAUUCCUACUAUUGUUGACUAUAAGGAAGUGCUACUGAAUGUCGUCUCGCUGGAAAGAAGGACAGCAUCCCUAUACAGCUUCAUCUGUGAACUUUCCCUGCUAAACACCGGGCUUUGCUGCUAUUCCCCAGCCCGUUUGUCUGCAGCAGCCUUGUUGUUAGCAAAAGUGUUGCACAGACAAGCUCAUCCUUGGACUAGCCAGUUGACGGAAAAUACAGGAUUUUCUCUGGAAGAACUAGUUCCCUGUGUGCUGAGUCUCCACAAGAAAUGCUUCCAUGAAGAUGCUCCCAAAGAUUAUAGGCAGGUUUCCCUGAUUGCUGUGAAGCAACGGUUUGAGGAUAAGCGCUACGAAGAAAUUGGAAAAGAAGAGGUGAUGAGCUACAGCCAGCUCUGCUCGCUGCUUGGAGUGAAACAGGAAGACCCGGAGCCUGGAUCUUCGUACGUGAACGCGGUGGAGACCUUCCUCACUUCCCCAUCCGGAAAACGUUCCAAGAGGAGAAGAGAAGACAGCAUCCAGGAGGACCGGGGUAGCUUUGUCACCACUCCCACGGCUGAAUUGUCCACUCAGGAAGAAAGUCUUCUGGAUAAUUUUCUGGAUUGGAGCUUGGAUGCUUGUUCAGGAUAUGAAGGAGAUCAAGAAAGUGAAGGCGAGAAGGAGGGAGAUGUUACAGCUCCUCCUGGAAUUCUGGAUGGAACUCUACCGCCUCAGGACCUGAAGAAGCCUUGCUGUUGCCAAGAAUCCAGCGACGAUGAGAGCCUUCCCCAAGGAGGAUGUCGGUACAUCUUCAAGGAUUAUGACCAUCCCAACGAAGAGAGUGGGUUCACCAUCACCCAAGCAUCUCCUGGGGAAGCCAGCUCAGGCUAUGCCUCUGUCAACAGCACCAGUCCUCCUACCGACGGCACAUUUCUCAAAGCCAGCUUGGGGCAACCGCUGAGGCUGCUGAAGGAUAAAAUCGUACAGCUGCCUUCGCGCUCAGAAUCUUGUUUACAUUCCGCCAAUGGCUGGUCGAGCAGGAGACAAGCCAAGCGGAAGAAUGUAAUGCCAUACAGUGAAGAAGAGAAGAACCACUUAGGUUUCUUAAGCCUUUGAAAGCUGGAGGUUGUUGAAGCUUGAACCUUAGAGGCUGUUUCUCGGAACGUCAGAAUCCUUCAAAGCAAAGAGCUAAAUUGAGAGGUUGUUGUACCAAGUAUCUUGGAUGUUGUGGGUCAUCACUCUCUAGGCUUCCCAUGGUAGUUCCUGACUCCCUUAACACAACGGUCAGCUUUUCUUGAGGUUGCUACCAUCUCUACAUCCCAACACAGUAGCCAAAUCAAAGGUGGCGGUGCUAAGACAUGCAACGCAGAGGUCCUAUUUUACAUGGAAGACCGGCUUCUCCUCCAAGACCAAAUCAUAGUCUUUCCCAGGAGAUGUUGGGUUUGCUUGUGGGCCAGAUAAGGUUUACAAGUCAACCUUCCACAUCGUAUAGCUGAGUGGUUCACUCCGAUCUAGCAAUUCAGAAGCAAUCCUCUGUGAAUUUAUUUCUUUUUCUCUUGCAACUUCUCCAUGAAAUGAAGGAGGCCAGAUUACGCAUACACACACACACACACACACACACAAAUCCUUGGCCAUCCUUUGAAAUGUAAACAUCUCAUUGAUGGAUCUUGAGAGGGUGUGGAGCAGUGUUCUCUUAGCAGCUUGGAACUGUCUGGUCUUAUUUUGGGAAAGGGGGGAUACUACCUCAUUUAAACUCUUCGUUAUCUCAAAUUGCUUUUUCUAAUGUGACCCCCUUUUUCCAAGUUGGUGAGCUACUCUCUUGAGGGCAAAGAGGUUAGGAAGGAUGGUCUGGAUCAACAUUUCUCAACCUCAGCCAUUUUAAAAACGGGUGGACUUCAACUCCCAGAACUCCCCAGCCAGCCUGCUGGAACAUUCUGGGAGUUGAAGUCCACCCGUUUUAAAAUGUCUGAGGUUGAGAAACACUGCCCUGUAACUGGAUUCUGCCAUUUGUUGGAGAACAUACGGCCAUUGUUUACCAAUAUUUUUUCUAUGUACAUGAUGAUGUUUCCUGUCUUUCUAUUCAAAAUGAUCGACGCAAUUUGUGGACUAGUGUCAUAAAGUUAUUUAGCAAAUGCAUCCUGUCCCCUUUUGUUAUCCUCUUUUUUAACCUUCUUUCCCAAAUUUUCCUUUGUCAUUGUGUUCUUUCUUUCUUUGCUUGCUCCUUAACUUUCUCUGAUUUUACAUGUUUCUUUCCUCCUAAAAAUGCAAGUCCAUGGCCACACAACUGUGAUGACAACAGUGUUAUGCGGAGCAAGGGGGAAGAAGGCUGUGUGAUGUUGGUAUGUUUGCUUAUUCGUGUCAGAAGCAUCACAAUUAAAACAAGGCAUACUAUGCAACAGGAAAUUUAAAAUAUAUUAAAAAACAAAAUUAAAACAUGUACAAAUUAGUCAAAUUUUGCCCAGAAACUAGCAACAUUGUGUUCUGUCACGUUGCCGUAAGGUCCUAAAGUAUACACUGUUCAGGGCACAAAUGGCAGGUAAACUUAUGUGUUCGCAUGUCAUCACAAUCGCAAAGAGCACAAUCUUUGCGAUUGUGAGCCCGUUGAUGGAAAUGAUGCCCGCGUUGAUCAAUUUAAUAGGGUAGAAAUUUUGAAAAAUAAAAAAAUCCAUUCUAUGGAAGGUCCAUUCUAUGGAAGAGCCCACAGAUUGUCAGAUAUGUAAUGUGGUAUUUUAAAUGGGUUUGAAUGACCUUGAAGAAACUAACCAGUUUCUUUUUGGAUUGAAUGAUCACUGAAAAACAACCAUCUUUACAUGAUCAGGAGACAUUGAAAUAAUGGUUUUUGUUAUUUGUUGUCAUAUUGUACAAUCAGAGCCUAGAGAAAAAAAUGUAUUUUUUUUUCAAUGAAUUAUGCCUCUAUAAACCAAGAUUUUUAAAAGGCUUAUGUUUUUGAAUGAAUUUGAGGAAUAUUGGACCUGGUCAAUGAGGGUUUUUUUUUUCAAAAAGAAAAGA